UGCGUGUCAUGAGAAUGGAAGCAUAGUACAAAAACGUGAUAGUUAUAGCAGCAGCGAAGGUAACAGAAAAUACGACAGUUCGGUAGAUGUAAGAAAACAAGAUGUAUUGGAUUCGUCCUCUGAGAGCUUCCAUCUUGGUCCUGUGUAUACUGGGAUUGUACUCCAAUGUUCAAGCAGGGAGAGAGAUAGAUUCGGAUGUGUAUUGUGGAGCAUGCCAAGCAUUGAUCAGUGAGGUUGAGUAUGCCAUAACUCAGGAAGACCCUCAUCAGACUAUUACUGUUGGGAGUUUCAGGAUUGACCCCAAAGGGGAACAAAAACAAAAAAAGAUACCAUAUGCUGGAUCUGAGUUGCACUUGACUGAGGUGAUGGAGACCGUCUGUGAUAAAAUGACCGACUACGCAGAAAAGACAGACCCAGAGACCAAUGAGAAAACCUAUGUGAGGUAUCAAGCACGGAAUGGAGAAGACAUGGAACUUAUAAAUGUAUCUAUCAACCUCACCACAGGGAAAGUUCUGAAAGUUGCAUGCGAAAAUAUUAUUGAAGAUUACGAAGAUGAUGUGCUGAGAUUGUACAGGGAAAAGUCAACGGACAUUGAAACCAGCCUGUGCUCCAGUCUUACAAAACUUUGUGAGGGUUCAUCAUCAGCACACACCGAGUUAUGACCCCCAGGCUUAUUUCAUUAGUACGCUAAGUAACGGAAACUAUUGAUCAAUGAUUUUAAGUAGUUUUGAUAGUGGUUCAUCAGAAUAUACAGAUAUCCCUUUUAUUUGAGGCACAAAGUAAACCUUAUGAAUAAAAUUGAUUGUAUUUGCCAAGAGCAUUCCGUUAAUGUGUGUGAGAACUUUCAUAAGAGAGAGCAAAGGGUAUUGAUAGUAUUUUUUCAGGAAGCAACAAAUAUUUGUGUAGGUUUACAAAAUAUUCAAUGCAGAAAUUAAAGGGGGUGCACCAAGCUGCUAUAAUGAAAUACAAAUAUUAUGAAAUGCAUAAGAAACAAAAUGUAUUACAUAAAUAUGUACAUAUGCAUUUAACUGUUUAUUUAAAGUUUCAUAAAGAAACUGGCAAUGUCAAUUGCUAUUACAUGUCCUUCAUAAAUCAAGAAGUUGAUAUAAACUAUAAUUGCAUACAUCACAGCUCAAUCAAGAUGAAUUAGAGCUGACUGUUGGCAAAACUACUCUACUAAAUUCUUUUGCGUGAAAUAGCACCAUAUGUUUUAAAAGAGUGAGAUAUAAUACAAGUAUGUUGUAAACAUGUGAUGUUACUGAUUGUGGUGCACCUGUGGAUACAGCACUUAUAUGGCAUCUGUUGAGCGCCAGAAGGGAGUUAGCUCAUAUACCUUAACACAUAGGCAACACCCUUCUGCUGCGGACAGACAAUGUG